GGCCGUUACACUUCUGGGUGCUUGACAAGGGCUGACGAGAUUUGGUCAGAUAACUUCGUCUCGCGCAUGACCGCGCGCCUGUGAACACACCACUCCCCGCGCAACAUGUAAUAGGCGACGUGUUCAUAUACUCUCCUAGCCCCCAAAAGUAGUACUCCCUCCAAUUGACGCCGGAGAUGCCCGCGCUAUAAUCGCCUGCGUGAUGGUUGCAUAUUUCUCCCUCCUUGCUCCUUCGUGGGGUAAGCCACCGAGACAUCUCACCCGUCUAUUGGUCCAAACGAGUCGAUUGUCUUGCUAGAGGCCUUUCCACUCGGUGUUAUUGCUCACCUGGGAUGGUGUGCCACACAAAGUAGUAGGUUGCUAGGAGCUCGCUCACUACUGGUUCCAAAUUGAUCUCAUCUGGAAAGAGAGAGACUUUUGCGACUCACCUCACCUCGCCUCGAUAUCCACUAAACGACUGGCACGCGAUAGUAAGGAACAAGAGUGUAGACUCGAAUCUAUUCUGGUAUACUGCACACUGUUAGACGCUAUGCUACCUCUCAUCGGGGUUCUAUGGGCAAUUACUUCAUUAAGCCCGCUCGCUUUAGCGGCGGAGGUGCAGUGCUGGGCCCCUGACGGUAUGACCUUGGCCGACAACGAGACCGUAGUUCCUUGCAAUAAACUGGGGAUUCAACAAGACGGUGUUUAUUCCAGUUGUUGCCGAUUAGAUGGCGAUCCCAAACAGAGAGACUAUUGCACAACUUCUGGGCUUUGUCUCAGUACGCUUGAUAACGUGUUGAGAAGGGAGUUUUGUACGGACAAGACGUGGAAAAGCCCUGCUUGUGUCAACGUUUGCACAGACCCUAAAAAUCGUGGAUCAAGCAAUGAUAGCGUCGUGAUGACACAAUGCCCGGAUGGGACAUAUUGUUGCGGUCAGAAUGAGCUUGGAUGCUGCGGCACUGACCGGGCUAUCGAUAUCCCUACUCAAGGGAGUGUAGUUUCAUCAGGCACUAAUGACGCUUCUAGGAGCUCCUCCUCCGCAUUUAAAAAAGCAACAAUCGGUCUUGCAGUUGCCCUCGGCGUGGUUGCGAUCGUCGCAGCAGGAGUCAUAGCCUGGCUAUUCCAUCAAAAUAAAGCCAUGAAGAAGAAACUAUGGGAAAAGGCCGAGGAAGCAAGCCAGCAUGUGCCACCGCCUGUCGUUGUUCAUCCGUACUCGACCUCCUAUGAACCGGUCACGCCGCAAAUGAAAGGCUCGUCCAUGCCAGGGUCGCCAAGCGUGGCAUCUGGAGUGCUAGUGGACCGUCAUCAUUAUUCCGAGCUGGAUGCAAGUAUGGCAGCAACGCGCAGCGAGAUGGGCUCGCCGGUCCAGCAUGAUUACUUUAAUGGAGAAGCCUCUCCACGAAGCUUCCAUAGCCACCCUACAACACCUCACAUGGGACAAUCGCAAUAAACGGGAAGCGACGCCGAUUAAGGCCCACGUCGAGGCUACAACAAGAAACAUAAUUAAUAAUUAGGCUUACCCCGCUUAGGGCUGCGAAGAUCUGGCAGUUGUUAUAUAUACUCUUUUGACCCCGAAAGCCUGGUUAUUUACGAGUAAGCGGCCUACAUUUCCAUAUGGCCCCAAAAAAAUAGGGACGAUUUGAAUAACACGGUUGCAUUGCGCUGUGCGAAUUAGCACUCACCAGUGUCAUUGUAGUAAUCCCUAUACAAUGUGAAAGCGAGUGUGUAAACAAUAUGCUCAGAAGUCGUGAUGAGUUUGUCACUAGGUCUCGUAAGGCUUGACCUCUGUGAUUAGAAUUAUUGCUCGACAAUGGGGUAGUUAGCGCUAGUUUGAAAGUCAUGCCGUAACCAUUGAUGAGCACUAUUCUUGUUGCCUUGAUAACAGUUUUUCUGGCGCAAGCACCUUUCCGAACGUUUCGUGAUUAG